AUGCUGAAGCUGAUGGAAGUAGUCUUAGAUCCUCAGGGUGAGAGGAACAAUCAAGAAGCAAUAUCCAGGGAUGAUAUCAUUGUUGUCUUGGGUCUAUUUCCUGAGCAGAACGUCUCCUAUACUUGCCUAGUAAGCGUGGUUGAUAAUGCACGGUGCUUGCAAAUUGUUUGGGUUGUGUUGGCUGUUGAAGCCAAGAAAACUAGCUGA